CCUAUGGAUGAUUCAUUCCCUGCGUCUCAAGCUUCAGCCUCAAAGAGUGCCGUUCAAGCUCAGCUUGUGGAUUCCUUUGCAGGACGCUUCAUUGGCGCAGCGCCUGUCGAAGAGUUCUUAGACUUUUUCCUCCCCGAGGCAGACGGUUGUCCAACAGUAACAAGGAGGAAUUUCCCCCCGUUGUGAAUCCACGACGCAAGAAUGUGAAACCCAUGCCUGGAAUGUCACCUCAGGGCGUGGACUUUUUUGACAUGGAACCCAAACCGGAGCGGGCCACGUUUGAACAGUUUAUGCAAGUUCUGCAGAAAUUCACGGGCAACUUUGAUGUUGUCAAAACCUCUAGUUGUCCUGACCCCUCUGUUGUCAUUGAUGGCCAUGAAUUCCAACCCGACAUCGCGUUAUAUAAUCGUGGAAGUACUCGAAAUGGAGUGACAGACAUGUCCGCGAUGGAGGCAUGGAUCACCAUCAAGCCUUCAAUGCAACAAGAUCCCUUCGAUGACCCGAUAUAUGACGUCUUGCAGGGAUAUCACAAAUUCGAGCGCUCUGGUGAAGACCACAUCCCAUUGCGAGCGCAGAUGGUGGCAUGCGCCGAUGCCUUUUUCGCCACCCAGUUUCGGCGCUUCGGUUUUUCCAUCCUCGUAUGUGGCUACUUGGCACGCUUUGUGCGCUGGGACCGCGCUGGUGCGAUCGUGUCUCGAAGAUUUGACUACACGGACGAUAGCCUCCCCUUGGCCCAGUUCCUAUGGAGGCUCAACUGUGCGUCGCCGGAGCGACGUGGCGUUGACAUGUCCGUGACGCCCGCUACCCUUGCGGAGAGUGAAGACCGUUUCGUUCGAAACCUGCUGGGCGUGAGGGGAUCUGACCCUCUUUAUUGCUACAUGGUUCCUGGCGAUAAUGCCAGGCAUGACAAAGUCACAGACGCGAAUGGCCCUGGCGUGGGCACUAAUCACGGUUACAUCGGCCCACGUCCCACCCUCCAGCGGCGCAGCCUACUAGACCGAACGCCUCAUGCUAUCCAUGUUUGGGACCCCAGGCAGAUGAAAGUUGUUUUCUUCAAGGAAACUUGGAGAGAAGACCCUGAGUUUACCAGGACCGAAUCAGCCAUAUAUCGGACAAUGCACGACCUCGGUGUUCCGAACAUCCCGCCCUUCGAGCACGGCGGUGACAUGUAUGAUCUCGGGUCAGAAACUGUCACCCAAGCAUUUCAUGAGGCCUGGUGGUGCUGCGACCGCAAGAAAUAUCACCCAUUAAUACUGCAUCGAAUGAUCCUUGGUGAUAUUGGACGUCCCCUGAGCUCGUUCAGGUCGACACAUGAAUUGAUGACAGCAAUCAAGGAUGCUGUAGAAGCCCAUAAAGUUCUCUACGUAUAUGGUGACAUUCUUCAUCGAAACAUCACCACGGAGAACAUUCGCAUCACCAGUGAUGGCCGCGGCUUUCUCAUGGGUUGGGAGUUCUGCUUUUGCACAAGCCAACAAUAUUCAUGGCCAUUAUUGGACCAGACGGGAACCCAACGUUUCAUGGCCGCUGCGCUUCUGGACAAAGAGACCAAAUCCAAACCUCAUCGGUUGGAAGAUGACAUGGAAUCCUUCCUGCACGUUCUGAUGUAUACUCUCGUCCGAUACCUCCCCAGCGAUAUGGACCUUGUGGAGAGGAUCGACUUCUUCCAGAUAUUUGACGAGAAGGAUGAGAUCGACGGGUUGAGACAGACCGUUGGUCGCAAGCGCAAGCGGGACUGUGUUGCCAACCCCGAUCACUACAUCCCAAAAACCUUUAAGACCCACCCUGUGCUCGACAGACUACUGCGGUGUCUAUUCGACCACAUCAGCGUCCGGUACCAGAUGCGACCCUCUCAGAAGAAGUUGACUGCAUUACUUGACGCUUGGCACUAUUUAUACGAUGACCAGAUUGAAGAAAACGACUUUCGAAGGCAAUUAAUCAACGGAGAUCAUGGCCUAGACGACAUCUACGACUUGCGGAUGGAAAAGCUGACCAGCCACGACUGGAUGCUCGAAGAAUUGGAUUACAUACCUAGGGAGCGCGAACGGUGGCCCGAGGCAGAUGCUGCUGAUCACAACUCAGAUAUACUUAGCAUCGCCUUCUAAUGUGUCGUAAGUCAUAUGGUACAAUGUAAAUAAUGUCAUACAGCGUUUACAUACUUGGAGGUAUGGCGACAUCGUCACAAAGAUGUUAGUGUAAUGAUAAUGAUCAG